AUGAUGAUGCUCACGCACAAGCGUAAACUCCUUUCAUUCGCUCCGUUACUGACGAAUACCCCGAAACACAAUGUGUUGCAAUGCCGGCUUAUAAAGAAGAGGCUGUUACCAUCAUUCCGAGAACGAGGUACUGACCCUAGCUCAUUAUUUCAACAAGAACAACAACAAACAGCAAACUAUGGCAGUGUGAAUGGACCAUUUGAUGCCCGAGUGAUGAGUGCUAAAGAGGCUCUCACUCAAUAUAUUAAAGGAGGUAAUCGGGUAUUCCUUCAAACGGGAUGUAACGUACCAAAAUAUUUGAUAUCAAAUUUGGAGUCUCUUGUGGAAAAUAAGGAAUUAGUAUUCGGGGAAGGCCACAAGGACAAGGUUGAAUUUGUGGGACUCCAUAUCAAUUACUAUCCAGGCCAGCAACCGCCUCAUCUGUUGCCAAAGAAUAGGGACUUUUUCCAUACCAAUGCCAUGUUUCAUGGAGCUAAUGAAAGAGCUGCCAUGAAGGACAGAAAGGAAGAUGAGGAACCUCUUGUGGAUUAUCUUCCAAUUUUCUUGAGUGAGGCUCCACUUCUUUUCAAGAGUUGUAAAUUUCCAAUUGAUGUGGCCUUGAUUCAAGUCUCACCUCCUGAUGCUCAUGGUUAUUGCUCACUUGGUGUUUCAGUGGAUAUUUCUCUGGCAGCUGUUGAAUCAGCCAAAUUCGUGAUUGCUCAAGUGAAUAGAAAUGUUCCUAGAACUCACGGCGACGGUUUUAUUCACGUCUCUCAAAUCAAUGCAUUUAUUUAUCACGAUGAGCCAUUGUCUGAAAUUCCGUGCGACAUUAAUUGCUUGGAGGAAACCGAUAGAAAAAUUGGAGAACAUGUCGCUUCCUUAAUUCCAGAUCGAGCUUGUCUUCAAUUAGGCGUUGGAAGUUUGCCAAACGCUGUAUGUGCUGCAUUGACCAAUCACAAAGAUAUCGGAAUUCACACAGAAUUAAUGUCUGAUGGAGUUUUAGAGUUGUUCAAAAAGGGUGUGAUUACCAAUAGAUACAAGGGAUUGCACCAACAUGAGAUUUUGUGUACAUUUGUGAUGGGAACUAAGAAUAUCUAUGAUUUUGUAAAUGACAAUCCACAAGUCAUUUUCAGAGGUGCUGAUUAUGUGAAUGACAUUUCCAAUAUCAAGCAAAAUAAGAACAUGAUCGCAGUGAACAGUGCUAUUGAAAUUGAUUUAUCUGGACAAGUCUGUGCUGAUUCCAUUGGUACAAGAAUGUACAGUGGAGUUGGAGGACAAAUGGAUUUCAUGGUUGGUUCUGCUAAGAGCAAGGGCGGUAAACCAAUCAUUGCCAUUCCUUCAGUGACUGCUAAUGGAGAAUCUAAAAUUGUGAAUACUCUCAAACAAGGUGCAGGUGUUGUGACCACAAGAGCCCAUGUUCAUUAUGUUUGUACUGAAUACGGUGUUGCAGAAUUGUAUGGUAAGAAUGUUCGAGAGAGAGCUAAGGCAUUGAUUUCAAUUGCACAUCCAAUGCAUAGAGACAGAUUAACUCAUGAAGCAAAGCAGCGUUUUGGAUACUUUUAA